AUGAAGGCUGUGGGGUUUAGCGCGUUACUGUUUUUGAUUUUAACACACGCUUUUGACUCAAUUGCAUCCAGCGCCGACACUAAGAGAGAAGAAAAGAAAUCAAAAGGAGUGACAACAUUCGUCAGUGCAAAAUGGGAAGCAACUCCAAUAGUUUUGGAAUUAGCAGAAUAUUUAUCUGGAGAGAGUGGCGAUAUAUUCUGGUCAUUUGUGGAUGGCAUAAAUUCAUUGAAAUCUAGUCUGUCUAGUCUUAAUACAGACAAAGACGUAUAUGAUACAUGCAUUGGCAUAGCAAGUUCAUUAUUAGCCCCAGCCCAGUUACGUAUGGCUAAACUUGCACUUUCUAUGCACUUAAAUUCACCCACUGUACGGAUGUUUGAUGAAAUCGCUACUCAAAAUGGAGCUAAACAAGUAAACUGUGAUGUUUUUGUUUCAAUUGCAUCACAAAACAUUUGUGAUAAUGAUAUUUUGAGGGAUGUUCUUCAAUCAACGAGCCAGUAUAAUGCAGAUGAACACAGACUUGAAACAUAUCUGUUAGACCAUACUUAUCCAAGUAGCGACAACAAAUCCCUUACUGCUAUUUUGUAUGGAGAGCUGGGCAUGCCUGAAUUUACAGUAAAGCAUAAGAUAUUGACAGCAUUUGCUGAUAAAGGGUUAAUCAACUAUGUUGUCAGAUGGAAUGUUAAGCCAAGAGGUAACCCUAAGCUACGUCUAUCGGGAUAUGGAGUUGAGUUACAGUUAAAAAGUACGGAAUAUAAAAGCCAAGAUGAUGCAACUCCAAAAGAGUCUGACACAGAUACUCCGGUGCCAUCUGAGGAAGAAGAUGAAAAUGAUCCCCAAAAUCAAAUAGAUGGUUUCAACUUUGGUCGAUUGAAAAAUCUAUUCCCCGCUCUAAGAACUCCAUUGGAAAGGUUUAGGAGACAUUUAUCAGAAAUGAGUGAAGAGCUGGAACCGUUGAAAGUUUGGCAGAUGCAAGGUCUCAGUAUGCAAGCGGCUGCUGCUGUCAUAGAUGCCCACGAUGCUGGAGGCGAUGAGGCUUUGAGAGUUCUUACCUCCAUCGCUCAGAAUUUUCCUAUGCAGACAAAGUCUUUAAUACACGUGAAUGUACCCCGGUCCCUUCGAGAUGAGGUUCUAUAUAAUCAAGAUAUUUGGGCAUCUUCUCUCGGUCUCCGAGCUGCCGAGCCCUUGCUAUUGGUCUCCGGAGCCCAAUAUGAUGCUGAAGAGGUUGACAUCAUGGCUCUGUUGAACUCGCUGAAAGAAGAUAUUGGACCCAUGAAUACUUUACAUGCAAUUGGUCUAUCAAAAAAACUUAUCAACAAGCUCAUGUCGUUGGAGCUUGGUGAAUCAUUUACAUGGGAGGAAUAUGGGCUGGACAUCAGAGAUACGGCGAUCACGUGGUUAAAUGAUCUAGAAACAGAUGAGAGGUAUAGAAGAUGGCCGGCUUCUUUUAUGGAGCUAUUGAGACCAACUUACCCUGGUAUGCUGAGAAAUCUAAGAAGGAAUAUAUAUAAUUAUGUGAUAAUAAUAGAUCCAACAUCACCAUCUUCAUUACCCCCACUGAAACUGGGUGAGACGUUGCUCAAACAUUCGACACCGGUUCGUGUGGGCGUGGUACUGGCCCCAAAUAACACCCCACUGGGAAUUGCUAUACGCAGCGCUUUUAAUUAUGUAGCACAAGACAGGAAUUCUAAUAAGGAAGCAUUCUUUUUCUUGACUCAGCUUUUAAGCUCAUCAGAAGAGGAAGAGCUUAACUUCGAUCUUCUGAAACGUCUUCUGAAGAAGUUUACCAACUCUGGUGCAAAUGUGGAUGAGAUCAUUUCUGAAGAUUCUGAAUAUAAUUUUGGACAUCAGCUGGCUGAGGAGUUUGUUGGGAAACUUGGUGCUGAUAAAUAUCCCCAGGUCUUAGUAAAUGGAGUACCAUUAUGGGACGAAGGUCCCAUAUCUUUAUCGGCAUCAGUUGAUAGUUUGGAGGAGGCGCUAGUGACGUCUCUGUCUCGGCAUACGGGACGAUUGCAAAGGGCGGUAUUUCGAGGUGAUCUGUCAGAUUCAGAUGAUGCCACAGACUAUAUUAUGAAGCAACCGCAUAUUAUGCCCAGACUGAACCGUCGCAUUUUGGCCACGGAUCCAUCGCAAUAUUUAGACUUGUCUGGUGUACCCUCAUCGCCCGAAUUGUUUACUGAAGACAAAAUACACAAGUUGAUGCAUUUGACAGGCAGAGACGCACUAGCUACCGCCCUACCAUUACUCAAGUAUUUCGUCAAGUCAGCAAAGACGGAGAAAAUAACUCAAACUAUUUGGGUCAUUGGUGAUUUGAAUGAUAAAAGGACGCGAGACUUUUUGAAGAAUGCAUUGAACUUUAUGAGAGAAUCUGGAGGAGUACGAGUUGCCUUCAUACCUAAUGUUGAUGGAGAAUCCAAAGUUGAUCAAUCGUUGAAUAAAGUUGUCAUAGCGGCGUUAACAACACUCGAGCCGGCGAAAGCAACAAAAUAUGUUGCCCAAUUGCUUGAUGAUGAAGGAUGCCAUGAGAGACAGGAUUGCGAUAUACUGCCCGAGCUAGUGAGCGCGUUAAACAAGCACGCAUGGGUGCUGAAAGCUGCACGUAUACUUUGCGUACGCGGUAUGAAGCUACGAGCGAGUGAACGUGCACUGGUGUACAAUGCGAGGUAUAUUGGACCGUUGGCUGAAAAUGAAACCUUUUCGUCGGACGAUUUUGUGCUAUUGGAGAGAUACAGCAAUCAAGUGUACGGCGAAAAGUUAGCUGAUGUUUUCAAAAAGAAGAGAACGUUAACAAAUAUCGAAGAUGAUGAUGAUGAUGACACAAUAUCCGAUAUAGAUACGGAAAAAUAUUUCAAAGUUAUAUCGAUAUUGGCGUCGCGUAGUCCUCGAACAAGAACACCUUUACCCACCGGUCUGAAGACUGAACAUUCACUGGUUGAACUUGCACCUUUAUACUCUGAUGAGGCAGCUAUAGAGAUUGUAGCUGUGGCAGAUCCAGCAUCGACUGCAGCUCAAAGAUUGGCCCCAUUGCUCCUGGUCUUGCGACGUGUUAUAAACUGCCGUAUAAAGUUGUUCCUUAAUCCUCAAGAUAAGAACUCGGACAUGCCCCUAAAAAGUUUCUACCGAUACGUUUUGGAAGCGGAACUACAAUUCACACCUUCGGGAUCCCUCACCGGUGGAGCAAUAGCUCGUUUCAACCGCUUGCCCCAUGCCCCAUUAUUGUCUAUGGAGAUGCGGACGCCGCCCAAUUGGCUUGUCGAAUGUGUCAAGUCUGUGUACGAUCUUGACAAUAUACGUCUAGCGGAUGUCGAAUCUCUGGUUCACAGCGAAUUCGAGUUGGAGUACCUUCUACUGGAAGGCCAUGCGUGGGACACGGCUCUGGGUACGCCACCAAGAGGCCUCCAACUUAUCCUCGGAUCCAGAGACAAUCCAGAAAUAAUGGAUACUAUCGUGAUGGCAAAUCUUGGGUACUUCCAACUAAAGGCGAAUCCUGGAGCGUGGAUUCUUAGACUUAGACCUGGCCGCUCUGAAGAGAUUUACGAAAUUGUUGGACACGAAAACACGGACACGCCCCUGGGUAGCUCCGAUAUACAGGUGUUGAUGAGUUCGUUGCGCAGUCACGUGAUCAAGUUGCGCGUGAGCAAGAAGCCUGAGAAGCAGCAUCUCGAUCUUCUAGCUGAGAAUGAUGAGAAAAAUACAGGAGGAAUAUGGAAUUCAAUUGCGAGCUCAUUCGUGGGUGGCGAGGAACCGGAAGGCAAAGAUGAAACGAUCAAUGUGUUUUCGGUAGCGUCAGGACAUUUAUAUGAACGGUUUUUGAGGAUUAUGAUGCUGUCCGUACUUAAGAAUACGAAGUCGCCAGUUAAAUUCUGGUUUUUGAAGAACUACCUCAGUCCGUCACUCAAGGACAUUUUACCGUACAUGGCAGAAGAGUACGGUUUCUCCUACGAAUUGGUUCAGUACGUUUGGCCUCGUUGGCUGCAAAGGCAAAGAGACAGGCAAAGAACGAUAUGGGGAUACAAAAUACUCUUUUUAGAUGUGCUCUUCCCUCUGCACGUUAAGAAAAUCAUUUUUGUUGAUGCUGACCAGAUUGUACGCGCUGAUCUCAAAGAGCUAGUCGAUUUAGACUUAGGCGGUGCUCCUUACGGGUACACACCAUUCUGUGACAGUAGACGGGAAAUGGAAGGAUUCAGGUUCUGGAAACAGGGCUACUGGCGUAACCAUCUUCAAGGUAGAAGUUACCACAUCAGUGCCUUAUAUGUGGUGGAUCUGAAGCGGUUCAGACGUAUUGCUGCUGGCGACAGACUACGUGGACAGUACCAGGCUUUGAGUCAGGAUCCCAACAGUCUCUCCAAUUUGGAUCAAGACCUGCCGAACAAUAUGAUCCACCAGGUAGCGAUUAAGUCUUUGCCCCAGGAGUGGCUCUGGUGUGAAACGUGGUGUGACAAUAAAUCUAAAACAUAUGCGAAAACGAUUGAUCUUUGCAACAACCCAUUGACGAAGGAGGCUAAAUUAUCGGCCGCAAUGCGUAUAGUACCCGAAUGGAAGGAAUACGACGCUGAAGUUAAGGGCCUGCAGGCGCGGGUACGUCGCGGCCUUUAUCAGAGGAAUGACUCUGAUCAGGAAAUCGAACACACCGUAGAAGAUACACCCAUUACGGAAAAGAAUUCCGGUGAACAUGAACACACAGAAUUAUGA